AUGUCUCUUUCCAAACCUUGGGCGUUGGUAUCCCCUGCGUCCCGCGGGAUAGGUCAAGCCCUUGCUCGACGUAUUCUUCAAACUACUAGAACUCCGGUCAUCGCGACAUCGAGAACAGAGCCAGACGAGGCGCGAGAAAGAAUACUAGAAGGACUUGGACAUGGCGCUAGUGACAGAUUGCGGGUAAUCCAGCUUGACUUUUGCAGCGAAGAAUCCAUAUCUUCCGCUGCCUCGACUUGCUUUCGAUAUUUCCCUCCGAAAGAAGGAUGGCAUCUGCACCUAGCCAUGGUGAUCCCCGGUGUCCUGUUCCCCGAAAAGUCACCAGCUCAAAUAUCAUCUUCCGACGCGCUUCUCACUUUCCAGACCAAUUCAAUAGGACCCCUUCUCGCUAUCAAGCACUUCCACCAGUUUCUACCACGGAAGAGUGCAUCGCUAUUUCGAGAAGGAAAAGAAAUGGACAUCUACGACGGGCUUCCCAAACAAGCUAUUUGGACAUCCAUGUCAGCACGGGUCGGAAGUAUUUCUGACAAUGGGUUGGGUGGUUGGUACAGCUAUCGAGCGUCAAAAGCUGCAGUAAAUCAGAUUAUCAAGACGUUUGACAACCAUUUGAAAGCGACCAGCGCAGGGAACGCAAUGGCAGUGGGGUUGCAUCCCGGGACAGUAAAAACGGAUUUUAGCAAAGAGUUUUGGGGAAAUGUUAGAAAAGAAAAGCUGUUCGAGAAAGAAUUUGCGGCUCAGAAACUUCUUGAGGUCGUUAUUGGCUUAGAGCUCGAGAACGGCAGAGGGAGAUGCUGGGAUUGGAAGGGCGAAGAAGUACCGCCAUGA